AUGAACGAUACCAAAAGAUACGAUGAUGAAUUUCCCUAUUUGUCGGUUUGUGGUAAUGAAUUAAAUUUUAUUAGUUGUGAUGAUAGACCAAUUGUCUUUACAAAAUGGAAUGAAGAAAAUGACACUUUUCAAAUAAAUUGGUCUAAUCGUCAACAAAAGAUUAAUCCAUCUAAUUUAUUUAUGCUCGAAAAUGGAAGAUUAUACCAUAUAAGUACAUUUGACACUUAUGGUCUUGUUAGAUCGUCAUUGGCCGACAAACUCUUCCCAAUGUUCGAGUUUGAUGAAAAAGGCCAACCUAUUUAUAUAAACUGGAAAGGACAAACACUAAAACUUGAUAAUAAUAUAGCAACAAAUCUCAAAUAA